UCUAAUAAAUCGCUGACGAGGCGCGCGAGCGCGAGCCAACGAGAAACUCCAUUCUCGACGGAAAGUGCAUAACCGACCGGCUUCUGCAGUCCGCGGCCGCGCGCUUGGGCUUUCCAAUUGAUAAGCGGCGCGGAUAAAAGAAGGUCGAUAAACGUAGCGUAGGGAAGCCACCCUGUAGACCGACCACCCCGUCGCGCGAGACUGCACGAUUCUUCAGGGGUGGAGGGUGGCAGCGCCUGCGCUUGGGACACUCUGGCGUAUAUCUAGCCCUCUCUGUUAUCGCCAUGUCAAGACCGGCAGUUCCACCUCGGGGAGACGCGGAAGGAAGUCGGCUCGGAUUUUUCCCGCUGCCGUCGUCGCCGUCGUCGUCGUCGUCGUCGUCGUCGCCGUCGUCGCCUUCGUCGUCGUCGCUCCUCGCGGGAACUGCUCGCGUCGGCCAGGUGAUCAGGUGCGUCCCCGGGCUGCCGACAAAUAUGCGGAAAGGGUGGACGAAGGGUGCUUGAAGAUGCAGCUUCGAUCGGCCUCAAGCAGGACGGAAAGCCAAGCGCGUCCUCGUCGUGUCGCUCCCCGCCGUCGUGGUCGCGACGGCACGUCGUUAUCGCUAUCUGCCCUGCGAAUCGGUCCCGCGGGGCCCGAAACCGCCGAGGGAUGCUCGCAGAAAUGGUCCGGUUGUCCUACCAACACAAGGCGUUCUACUGCUACGUGAUCCUCAGCGUGUGGAUCUUCCUGCUGGUCGCUGGUAUGUACAAGUAUAUCGGCAUAGACGAGAAGACCUCGGUGCAAAGCAGAGCGUCGAGCAACGACUUGUCGGUCCGAGAGUUCCCGAGGAAUUUCAGAUCGGACGCGAAGACGAAGAAGAUCUUCCGCUUCUGCAACUUGCCGCACGAGAUAGCAGCAGACACCGAAGGUCGAGUUGACGGCAACCUGACGCUAGGCGGCGUGCUGAUCUUCAUCCGCCACGGGGACCGCGGGCCCUUGACGCACAUACGAAACAUAAGCAGCAUCAACUGCGCCGGCGAGCUCGGCGGCGGCGCGACGGAGUUGGACAGCAUCUACGAGAACUACGUGAACUUCGUGCAGAACGUGUCGAGCUACUCGAGGACCGCCUGGGCCCAGUUCCUGGGCCCGUUCCACGGCUUACCGAUCUUACCGGCGAACGCGCGCGACUGCAAGAUCGGCCAGCUGACCACGCUGGGCAUCCUGCAGCUGCUGAAGACCGGGAUCCUGCUGAGGAACGCGUACUACCACAAGCUGAACCUCGGCAACGGCACCUCCUUCGGCAAGGACAUCAUCGUCUACAGCACCUCCUACCGGAGGACCGUGCAGAGCGCCGUCGCUCUGCUCUACGCGCUCUUCGAGAAUGACGGCUUCCAGAGCCUGGCGAGGAUCAGCCUGCAGGAGAGCCAGAGCUACGCGUUCUGCAACAACGAAUGCGCCUGCCCGGCCGCCGAGAAGUUCUUGAAGCAGUACCUCAAGGAGACGUCCAGCCACCUCAAGUCUCACCCGGCCGUCGGCGAGCUGAUCAGACAGGCGGCGAGUGCUGUGUUCGAGCUUCCGGAUCAAGCGCAGACCUGCGACCCCAACACGCUGAGGGACGCGUUAUUAACGUACGUGUGCCACGGAGCCUCGCUGCCGUGCACGGACCUCGACACGCAGCGGACGUGCGUGAAGAGCGACCAUGUGACCGGGCUGUUCGCCUACACGGACUGGGAGUCGAAGCAGCUCGCCAAGAGCAGCAGCCGCAACAAAUACGGGCUGCUGAAGGCCUACGGGAUGUUGCGCGGCAUCGUCACCUUCAUGCUGCGCAUCAUCUCCGAGGCGAGGCCCAAGGUCGUCUUCUACUCUGGCCACGACAAGACCCUGGAGUACCUGGCCACGGCCCUCGGGAUAGUCUCGGACAUGGCGACGCACUACGCCUCGAGGCUCGUCAUCGAGGUCUACAAGAUCAACCCGCGAAACGACAAUCGGCUGGCCAGCGACUUCUACUUUCGCGUGGUCGCCAACGGCCGAGACCUCACCCCGAAGAUCCCGUUCUGCAGGAACGCCAACACGUAUAGCGACGACGGCGAGCAACCGGGCAAGAAGGCCGUCAAGCUGUGCCCGAUUGAGAACAUCGUCAGGCAACUGCACGACGACUACUUCGUGCCGUUCAACGCGACCAACUUCAAGGACGCAUGCUCGAGCCACAAGAUGCGCUAGAAAUGCUUUCCUGUCGGGAAUCGACCGGCAAGGACGACAGGAUCCUGCACGGGGUUCCAGGCGCGUUGAAGGGAAUUGACAAAAAUUCAUUUUGACGAGCUCACUUAGAAACACGUUGUCUUCGAAGUCGGGACUUGCAAUUUUCACACUUUUGGAUCCCCUUUUAUCUCUUUUUACUCUCGAUAUAUUGGCGCACGGUAUAUUUAGCGACGUAUCUAAAUGCCAAAUGUGAACUAGAGAGGGAGAGGGAGCGAGAGAGAGGGAGAGGGAGAGAGAGAGAGAGUGAGAGAGAGAGAAAAAAAAAAGUGUGAAAGAGAGAGAGGACGAACAUUACUUUAAUAUGUACUUAAUUCUAGGGGUGAGGGGUUUAUCCUUCCUCUUGAUAAUACGGCGCCAUUUUAGAUGAGAAAUUCAAUAUAUAGAGAAAUAGGGAAAGAAGUAGAGUAGCAAAUUCGAUAAUUGCGAGAUUAAUCGCUGUUGAAGCAGAUUAGAAGUUCGAAACUUCACGAAAUGAAUUUUUACCAAUUCUUUUUAACUCACCUUUUGCAUGCUAGAUGAGUCUCCGUUCACCGAGCGGAUUGAACAAAUUUCCAACUAUACGCGUGCGCGCGAUUAUAGAUUAUAUAAUGUAUACUAAACUAACGUGAAAGUAACUAAUUAUGCGACAUUCGCGAAAAAGUUUCAGAAGAUAUAAUCUCCUUCAAUCUUCCUAACCAAUUUCUCCUGCAGCUUGAAACUGUUUUUCCGAGAGAAAUAUGUACACAACAGGGAAACACUUUUCAUCUUCAUUGUUCCGAAGCACCAAAGUACUAAACUUUCUUGCUCUCUUCCUCUCUUAUUCUAUCUCAAUUUCACCGUAUUCAGGAUAAAAUAUGAUUUGGAUUUUCACACGAGUCUCGCUAUACGAACGCACAUAGUUAAAGUAAAAAUUUAAGAAAAAUUUUCAAGGAUCAUGAGAAAAUUGCAGAAGAAUCAGGAGAAAGGGAAGAGUAUAAAUUGUGUCAUCUUAGCGAGGAGCAAGCCUUAUCUUUAUAGAUUACAUCUAAGACUUUAAAUUAACGUACGUUUAGAUAAAUCCAAGGAAGAGGUAGCGCUAACGAGUCGAUUGAUCAAUUAUUAUAUAUUUUAUCACACACUUUACUGUAUAUAUGUAAAUAGUGCUCCGAGAAAAUAUAUACAUACUGAGAACACUGUUGUAUUUCUUCCCCUAUUUUAUUUAGUUAUUAUACGCAAUGCAAUCAACUGUAAC